AUGACAUUAGGUGUCUACUACACCGGAGGUAGUCUGAACCCUGCACGUUCGUUCGGUCCUUGCGUUGCCGCUGCCAGCUUCAAUCACGCACACUGGGUACGUAAAUCAAGGGUGCCGAUAGCACAAGUCAACGGCCAUCAAAUGGCUCUUGGCUUCUGUGUGUACCACUCUCACGUAAUUAUGCUAACUGUAUUCUUACCUACAGNNAUAUACUGGAUCGGGCCAUUGCUCGGUGGUGCUCUCGCUGCUGGCUACUAUCGCUUCUGCAAGUACUUCAACUACGAGGAAGCGAACCCCGACCAGGACGAUGCUGGUGCAGACGAGAUUGUCUAA